UCAUUGGCCUUCUCCCUCUUACCCACUCUUCCCAAAACCCUCCCUCCCUCCCUCUCUCGUUACCCUCACAACGCCUGCUGCCAGAGAAGAAGAAGAAGAGAACAGAAAGAACUCAGAAAACCCACCAAAACCCAAUUCUUCAUUUCUCAAACAGAGAUCUCCACAAGGGAAAAAGCUCGCACCUUUAUUUCUACCCCAAAACCAAGCGGAGGGAAGUUGGUUGCAGAGCUUUUCGGCGGGUAGCUUGGAAAUGGUGUUUUUCAUGAUUCUGUUUGCAGCAGAAGAGAAACGCGAAGAAGGCGAGUGGGAAAAAGAGCGAUAGGCAAACAAACAAAAACAAGCUCAAAAAGAAGUUCACUUUUCCCCCCUUUCCUCCUGCUACUUCUAUAGCAGAGGGAUUUCUUCUUUCUACAGAACAGAGAGUUUGCCCGCUGCCGGCGGGAAAUCUCCGAUUGCCAGGGUAGAAGGAAGUUUCUAGCUAGUCAGGAAAUUAAGGACCCCAAAAAAAAAAUGUCGGCAACCAUGAUAAGCGACUCUUUGGUAGUUUCACCACCGGAAACUCAACCUCUUCCGCCGCCCGUCGCCGCCGCCGAAGUUGAAUCGGCUACCUGUGACUGUUGCGGCCUGACGGAGGAGUGCACGCCGGCGUACAUCGAAAGGGUACGGGAGAGGUACCACGGCAAAUGGGUGUGCGGCUUGUGCUCGGAAGCGGUAAAGGACGAGAUAGUGAGAACAGAAGCAGAGAGACUUAUAAGCACCGAGGAAGCAUUGGCGCGACACAUCAAUUUUUGCAAGAAAUUCUCAUCGUCGCCAGAGCCGACUCCGAUCGACCCGACGCUGCAUUUGAUCUCUGCGAUGCGACAGAUUUUGAGACGGAGUUUGGAUUCACCGAGGUCGUCGCCACGAGGGCCAAGAUCGACUCCCGGAAGCCCCAUGACGAAGUCUGUGGUGAAGCUGGCAAGGUCUGAAAGUUGCUUCACGACUUUGUCUAGUUGAUUGAAGUAAAUCAGAUUUGAAUCUUGCUGACUAACAAAGAAAUUUUCGAACGUUGACCGGCGGGAGGAACUAGGAUGGUUGGAGAACUAGGAUGGGGCUUUCUGCUAAGUUUGAAGCAAGGGAAAGGAAGAAAUAUUGGAUGGAAAUUGAAAAUUACAGCCCUUUAUCGGACUGUUUCAUGUUUUUUUGUUUCCUUUCUUUUUUGCUGGGACUCUCUUUGUUUCAGUUGUGAAAGAUCAAAGAAUUGUAAAAGUUCUUCUCUCUUCUAUCUAGGGUUUAAAAAAAAGGUCUUUUCAGUCCUCAGAACUCAAGGUGGAACUAUGUCUUGUCCAAAUAAUUAGGUUUUUGGGACUGAUUGUUUGUAGUACAGAAUGGAAUCAUCUGUACUUUGCUUGAAGUUGUGGCUAGUAAUAUAAUCUCGGAAAAAA